AGCAAAUUGACGCCUAUUCUUCAUCUUUGUUACUCUUUAUUUUUUCCUUAUAAAAAUGCUUGAUUAUUUUACUUCAUUCAAUGAAUCUAUAAAGCGUUGGUUUGCUGGAUCAAGAAGCGACUUAAAAAAUGUACAUAUUGGUAAAGUUUAAGUGUAGAAAUAGCUUAAGCCUAACUUUAAGUUUAGAUCAUAUUUUGAAUGGCACAACUUGUCAACCUAUUUCCUUGCAGGACUUUAGAUAUUAUUUGCUAAACAAAGAACAUUCAGGUGAAAACCUUGAUUUUUACUUUUGGUAUCUUGAUUACUGCAAAAGGUUCAAUAAGUUACCAGAACAUGAAAAGGCUAAAUCUCCACCACCCAAAGAAAGAGCAACACCUGCUUCCUACAACUUACCACUGGACACUCUGAAAAAGAGAAAACAAAGGAGAAAUACGAAUCCUUUGAUGAUACGCCAAACAGAUCCAGACCAACCUUUCCGAGAUGAAGUCAAUGCUGUCUUGCGUACCUUUUUUCAUGUUGAUUCUUACAAAGAACUCAAUAUUGAAGGUUGGAUGAGUAAAUAUACCGUCUUCUAUGGCUGCCAAACCACGCACCCAGAUGUGUUUGUAGAUGUACAUGAACAUAUCUAUCAAAUCAUGAAGACAUCGAGUCUUAAAAGCUUUAUUCAUCAUGCACUUCAGAAUAUGCGAUACAGCUGGGUCAUUUUGCACUAUGUCGGUGGUGUCUUUAACUUUUUACAUUUGCCUAUGAUUUUACUCUAUACAUUUUCAAACCAUACGUCUCGUUGGUAUCGCCUUACUUUGUUUCCUUUUACAUUUCUUUUCGCUCUCAGUAUUUUGUCUGCUCGUGCUGCUUUUUGUACUAUCCGUGCCAUGAUGAAAAUCCGUAUGGUACCUAUGUAUGAGAUAGAUCAGUAUUAUGUGGUCCAAGGCAAGAUGGAAAAGUUUGAUAUGAAGACAGAUCUCGAAAGCCAAAAAGAUAUGACGAGUGUUAUUGAUCCAGAUGUAUUGAAAUAUACCAAGGUAUAUUGUUUCUUUAUUUUAUGCUGCUCUAACGUAAUCGAAUUAGCAAAUGUUUUUUCAUAUUUGGUUUGUCAGUAUUGUUCUUUCCAUCAUUGUAACUGUAGUAGGCGUAACUCUAACAAAUGAAAAUGAACCUAUGCCCACUAUGUAGACAACAUUUAGAACAAUGUACAUUUUAUAACAAAAAGCAAU